GAUGUAAACUGUGCAGUCCGCCGACUCUCUGUGGCGCAGGACAGGACGGUCGCCACGCCUUCAGGGACGCUCUUUUUAACAGCGUAACCUUCCGUUUGUGUCCGCUGUACACCUGUAGAAACCUGUGCGGGACAUUUAACAAGACACUAUAAACACUACUUAGAGCAAACAGGCUGUGCCUCUGCUUCUUCCAGCUGAUGCCCAGCUGAACAGGCUGUUUCUAAACCCUAAUUAAUUUGGGAAUAACCGGCGCGGAGCUUAUAUUGAUUUGACAUUGGAUACAAGCCUGAUCAAAGAUGAGGAUUAAAGUGUAGUGCUGUCAGGAAUGCCCCAGACUGCGUGCUCAGGCACCAUGUUUACCACUCCCAGUGGCUUCAGCCCUCAUUUGGCCUGUGCUGAGCCUGGGGAGGAGGAGGCCCCACAGGAGGGCUCGGGGCCGGGGCCUGGGCCUGGGGCUUGCCUUGCCGACGGGCCGCCGAUCACCUCUGCCUCCCUGGACACCCUGAUCCAGAACCUGGUGCCCACUGCCGAUUACUACCCCGAGAAAGCCUAUGUGUUUACCUUCUUGCUGAGCGCUCGUCUGUUCAUUCCUCCUCCGGAGCUGCUGGCAAGGGUGUGUGAGCUGUGCAUCAAACAGCAGCAGCUGGAUCAGAGCCCACUCGAUACGGCAAAAGUACGCAAGUUUGGGCCCAAGAUCUUGCAGCUGCUGACAGAAUGGACAGAGACGUUCCCGUCCGACUUCAGGGAUGAAAAGAUGGUCGGACACCUCAAAGACAUCAUUCACAGGAUAGCACCAUGUGAUGAGGCGUACUGGAAAACCCUGAACCAGGUGCUGCAGAAACUUAGCCAGAGGCUGUCCCUGAUGAGCCAGGGGGAAGAGAGCAUUGUCAAGGUCUCCCUCAACGCCUCCUCCAUCUCUGACAAGCUGGUGGCCUUCAAGACCAAGCCUCCGCCCAUCCAGAAGGAUAUACUCUCCAUCUGCAAUGACCCCUACACACUGGCACAACAGCUCACCCACGUGGAGCUGGAACAUCUGAGUCGUAUUGGCCCGGAGGAGUUUGUCCAAGCUUUUGUUCAGAAAGACCCCCUCGAUGGAACACAGCAGCCGUGCUUCAGUGACCAGAAGAAAAAAACCUCCAACCUGGAAGCCUAUGUGAGAUGGUUUAACAGACUGUGUUACCUGGUAGCUACAGAGAUCUGCAUGCCAGCAAAGAAGAAACAGAGGGCCCAGGUGAUAGAGUUCUUCAUCGAUGUGGCCAGGGAGUGUUUCAACAUUGGAAACUUCAACUCACUCAUGGCAAUUAUUUCUGGUAUGAACAUGAGUCCUGUGUCACGGCUGAAGAAGACUUGGAGCAAAGCUAAGACUGCCAAGUUCUUCAUUCUUGAGCAUCAGAUGGAUCCCACUGGAAACUUUUACAACUACAGGACUGCCCUGAGGGGGGCCGCCCAUCGCUCUCAAACUGCCAACAGUAACAGAGAGAGGAUUGUGAUUCCCUUCUUCAGUCUGCUGAUAAAAGACAUUUACUUCCUGAAUGAAGGCUGUGCCAAUCGGCUGCCCAAUGGCCACGUCAACUUUGAGAAAUUUGUCGAGUUGGCGAGGCAAGUUGGCGAGUUCAUGACAUGGAAACAGGUGGAGUGUCCAUUUGAGGAGGAUAGGGCCAUCCUACACUACCUCCACACUGCUCCCAUCUUCAGCGAGGACGGGCUCUAUCUUGCAUCCUAUGAGAGUGAGAGUCCAGAGAAUCAGGUAGAGAAGGACAGAUGGAAAGCACUCAGGUCCAACGUCCUGGCAAAGACAUGAGGCAGUGAAGGCAGCUAACCUCCCACCAACGAGGGAGCGUGUGGUCUCUUUGCACUAAACUGAACUGUGAAGGAACCUAGCUGGUACUUAUAUGUUUUUCUAUGGUGAAAAAAACAAAACAAAACGAAACAAAAAAGAAAAACGAUGAACAGGAUUCAUCAAGGAGAGUGUAAAAAAAAAAAAAUAGUGAAGUGACAAUAUUAAGCUAUGGAGCAAAAUCCCUUUGCAGUUUGCAGGAGGAUCAGUGAUGAGGUAUAAUGGAGAGGGACAAUGCUUCUCCAUGUGUGAUGUGUGUUUACUCUGUGAAGAUGUUUACUAUUUUAGAGAGUACAGUUACAGGGAAAACCACUUUCUAAAACAAAAAUUCCUACUGAUGCUGUUCGUUGUUUUUUGUAUUUGCUCCUCUCUCCUCCUUCCCUCCCUUCCUCUUCCCCUUUGCUACAAAGCCUUGUCAAAGUAUUUAAUUUAACCUUUUUUCCUUUCCUUGUAAUGUACUGUAAUGAAACAUAAAAUGAUGUGACGGGCGCUGGCUAGCCCAUAUCAGCUGUCAAAUUUUAUAGGUCUAAGUGAAGAAGUGGUGUUUUGGGGAAGACAGAAGAUGACAUGCCUUGAGCAUUUUACCACUUCAUCUCAUCUGACUGUGUGCGAGCAUGCAUUUCUUCAUAUUGUCGCUGUCUUGUGUUACUCGAGGAUGACUGGAGAAACCUGUUUAUGGUUCAUCUCUUCUUGUAUUUUUAUUUAUUCUAUUUCAUUCUGGGGAAAGUGUGGGGCAGGGGAAUGUGAACCUGUUUUAAAAGUGUUUACUUCUUUUAAGCGUAUUGUGCCAUCAAUGCAAGAAAACUACAGUAAUUGGUCCCACUGGGAAGCCAGGCCAGGUGUAGAUUGUGUACAGGUGACAUUUACCCCUCAUCUUUCUGGUCUACAGGAAGUUUUCUCUGACUGAUGUUCAGUUGUCUGAUAUAUUUAUGGAGAUUUCUGUGCUGACAGACGUAUAAUUUUUAUUGUAACGUUCCUUUACUGAUAAUGAAGUCCAACGGCAUGCUACGACAGGCGUUCUUAAAGGGGCAUUAGCGUAUCCACCUUGUAAAGACUGCAACACACUUUGCGGUGAUGAUGCUUUGUUGCAUUUUGUGGAAGGACAAUGAUGAAAGGAGGUCUUCUGUCUCGAUAUAAAGUAAAGAGGGAAACUUGUGCCAUAUGAUUCACUGGUUGUCAUAACGAUUCAUGUUCCUUUGACUUGAAAUGUGUUGUUGAAUCGUUUUGUGAGAUCGUCACUGAGCUUUGUUUUGUGAUUCU